CCGAGUUUAGCACACAGCUACUAACUGCUAAAGUAUUCUUAGUAAAUAUUUAGUUUCUGUCUGCAGUCGCAGCUUUUAAGGUUUUAAUCAUGAUGAUCAAUCUUUAGUUUAUUAAUAUUUAGUUUAUUGUGACGUUUCAUUAAAGGUAGAUCUCCUGGACCAUGUCUCAGCAUUUCCACCUGAACACUCCUCUGCUGGAGAGCGUCAGCAUGUCCAAGCGGGUGGGGACCACCGUUUAUUUGAAGAUGGAGAACUGCCAGCCCUCUGGAUCCUUCAAGAUCAGGGGGAUAGGACACCUGUGCCAGCAGCUUGCAGGACAGAGCAGAGGAAUCGUUUGUUCUUCAGGAGGGAAUGCUGGUAUGGCUGCAGCCUAUGUGGCCAGAAGAAUGGGGCUUCCAGCGACUGUGGUGGUUCCCUCCUCCACCCCUCAGCUGGUGGUCCAGAGGCUCCAGGACCAAGGAGCUGCUGUCAGGAUUGUAGGGAAGGUCUGGGACGACGCCAAUGCAGAAGCUCUGAGACUGGCAGAGACAGAAGGCCUGACCUUGGUUCCUCCGUUUGAUCACCCUCUGCUGUGGCAGGGCCACGCCUCCUUGGUGGCCGAGGCUGCAGCCGCUCUGGGCCCCGACAGGAAGCCCGGCGCCAUCCUACUCUCCGUGGGAGGGGGGGGACUCCUCUGUGGGGUCGUCCACGGUCUGAGGGACGUUGGCUGGAUGGAUGUGCCCAUCAUUGCCAUGGAAACAGUGGGAGCCGACUGUUUCAACGCUGCAAUAAAGGCGGGGAAGGUGGUGACGUUGGAGGACAUCACCAGUGAAGCCAAGUGUCUGGGAGCGAAGACGGUCUGCCAGGCGGCCUUCGACUUCAGCCAGAGCGGCGAGCUGAACAUCAUCUCAGAGCUGGUGAGCGACCAGGAGGCACUGAAGGCUGUCUGCACCUUCCUGGAUGAGGAGCGCGUUCUGGUGGAGAUGGCAUGUGGAGCAGCGUUGGCGGCUGUCUACAAUGGACUGAUAGCCAGACUGCAGAAACAAGGUGGUCUGCCGACUCCCCUUGGCCCCCUGCUGGUGGUGGUGUGCGGCGGAAGCGGCAUCAACAUGGAGCAGCUGGACAGUCUGAGGCAGAAGCUGCUGAGCUGAACCAGUGGAUACUGGGACCAGUUCAAAGCUGGAAACUAGAAGCUCUGAAUGACGGUGUGAUUUACUUUAGCUGGGAGUUUAAUGGAGGCCGUGGAGACGCUUGAUGAUGAUGAUGAUGAUGAUGAUGAUGA